AUGGUGCCGCAUUACCGCACCGAGCAGGAUGUACAAUGUGGAUUCGGAAUCUGCCGCGGUCGGCUUCCGCAGCGAUUGGCCAGCAAGAAGCUGUACGUCUUUCUGCUAGCUUUCCUCAACUGCAUGACUGCAUCGGUUUCUUCGUAUUUCUACGGAACGCUUACUACCGUCGAGAAAAGUCUUCAAAUUUCGUCGAAAAAUAUCGGAAUGAUAACCGCCGGCGGAGAAGUGUCGUUUGUGCUGUCGUCCCUUUUUCUGUCGCACUAUGCCGCAAACAAGCGGAAGCCUCGCUGGAUUGCAUUUGGCAUUAUAAGUGUUGCCUUCUCGUGCUUCGUCAGUGCUUUGCCACAUUUUAUCAUUGAACCUAGGUUGGAAAAUGUUGCGCGAGUGGAAGGAAAUAUUUCAACAGUCGAAGCUAGUGACAACUUGUGCGAUGCAGGGCGACCUCCUCCGGACUGUUCGUCGGAAGUCGGCAAUCUGAUCCCACAGUUGCUAUUGCUUCUGGGAAGUUCACUGUCCGGAUUGGGAGUUUCGCUGUUCACUACACUUGGGAUAACCUAUUUAGAUGAUAAUGUGAGGAAAGAGAAGGUUCCUUUUCUCUCUAGCAUAACCUCAUUUGGACGGAAGCUUGGGCCAAUGGUUGGUUUUUCGAUGGCGUCUCUGUGUUUAAAACUGUUCGUUUUUCCGGGCGUUGAUCCUCCUUAUGGAAGCUCCGAUCCACGCUGGAUUGGUGCUUGGUGGAUGGGUUGGAUCGUGCUCGGUACCAUUAUGCUUCUGGCAGCUCCGUUGUUUGCUAGUUUCCCUAGAAUACUUCCAAGAGCGGCAGAGCGCAAGUUAUUGUCUAAACAUGAAAUUAAAGCGGAUAGGGAAUCCAACUCUUUUAGAGAUUUUUUGGAAACUUUUAAGCGACUAAUUACCAACAAAGUCUACUUGUUCAACAACAUAGCGUGUGUAUUUUAUUGCUACGGAAGUAUGCCAUAUCUUCUGUUCCAAACCAAAUACCUGGAAAUCCAGUACCAGCUGACGCCAUCACAAGCUAAUAUGCUGACCGGCUCGGUUUCAUUGGUGUUCGCUGCCUUGGGAAUACUGAUUGCCGGUGCUGUGGUUCAAAGGCUGAAACCAUCCGCCAGGCAACUGGCAGGAUGGAAUAUUUUCACCGGCGUUUGUGCUGCCACUGCAGUGAUGCUCUAUUCAGUACUGGGAUGUACUAAUUUGAACAACACUUCAAUCAUUGACAAUUCUAGAGAUUCUACAUGUUUUUCGGAAUGUAAUUGUGACUUCGUACGAUAUGCACCAGUUUGUGGUGCUGACGGAAACACUUACAUAUCUCCUUGUCAUGCCGGCUGUAGGGAACAGGCAAGCUUGAACAAUGGCUCAAUUGUCUACGGCGAUUGUGCUUGUAUAACUGAAAAUAAAUCAACCGAAUUGGUUCAAAUAAAUCCAAUCAAAUUUGAAGGAUUGCACAAUCUGUCUCCAGGAAUUGCCACUUCGGGAAGCUGUCCGAUCGACUGCACUGUGCCACUCUAUCUGUUUCUAUUGGUGAUGUGUCUAAACAAAUUCAUCGACGGAACCGAGUCGGCUUCCAACUUCCUGAUCGCACUGCGGUGCGUUCGAGACCAGGACAAACCCUUCUCCAUGGGGCUGUCGAUGACGAUCAAUACGCUGUGCACCUUCCUGCCGGCACCCAUAAUUUUCGGUAUGCUCAUCGAUCGAACCUGCCUGCUGUGGGGUCACACCUGCGCCGGGGACCAACAGGGAAACUGCUGGCUGUACGAUGGUUUAAACCUGCGCACGACGAUGAACUACGUUUCGGCUGGGUUCAUUUUGUUGGGUUCAUCCCUGGACGUAGGUACUUGGUACUAUGCGAAGAGUUUGAAAAUUUUUGAUUCCGAUCGUACUGCUGUGCCUUCCAAAUCGGUGGAAAAUGAAAAGACAAGUGGCGAUAAUAAGGAGAAAGUUCCACUCAAAAUUAUUUCCAAAUAA